AGGACGUCCAGGCCGGCGACAAGAUCACCAUCUCCAAGCAGUUCAAGGAGAAGGUCAUUCGCCCCAUCUUGAAGGCUCAUUUCCGCCGGGACGAGUUCCUGGGGCGCAUCAACGAGAUCGUCUACUUCCUGCCCUUCUGCCACUCGGAGCUCAUCCAGCUCGUCAACAAGGAGCUGACUUUUUGGGCCAAAAAGGCCAAGGCGAGGCACAACAUCACGCUCAUGUGGGACAGGGAGGUCAUGGACGUGCUGGCCGACGGCUACAACCUGCACUAUGGCGCCCGCUCCAUCAAACACGAGGUGGAGCGACGCGUGGUGAACCAACUGGCGGCCGCCUACCACCGUGAUGUGGCGGGAAGAGAGACCGCCAAACCCCCCCCCCCCCCCCCCGCCCCCGGCACCCAGAAACCCAAAACGCCCACCCUGCGGCUGGAGAUCGUGGACAAAGACAGCAAAUCCCGAAAACUGGACAUCCGAGCGCCUCUGCACCCCGAAAACAUCACCUACUUCCUAUAG